AUGGUGAGUGAUCACUCGACAGCCCAAGCCAGCAUUUUUAUUUUCAGCUCUAUUUGAUUAAUUUUAUCCGUAUAUACGAGUGAGAUAUGCAAUGAGGUUCGACUUUUUUGGGGACCAAUGAACUGGAAGACGACUCUUGGAAAAACGGCAAAAAUUUCCGAUAUUGAGACGUCAGUUUGUAUAAUCAUCAAGCAUAAGGGCUCGAACUGUUUUCUAUGAUAUGCAAAGUCUUCCAUGUCCCUGCCUGUUUUGUGUUGGAUGUUCCGGUUAAUGUGUGCUUGGGCAUAAAUGUUCCGUUGGUUUGUUCCGAAUCAAGUAGUGGCCGAAAUCAACGAGACAGUUGUCACAUACAAGAAGUAUAGUCGCUUAGACUGCAGUACCGCUUGCAGUUUUGUUUUUUAAAACAUUAGUUCUCAAGAAUCUUGGCUUUUUCUUUUAACAUCUUGCUGACAGUAACAACAGUAGAACAACUCCAUAUUAUUUUUCAUAACCCAUUUAUUGUUUCGUUACUUCCCACCAUAGGAAUGUUGCAAAAUUAUUCCCUUUACACUAGCAAACAAUUUUCCUAUACUGUUUCUUCCUCCUGCUAUCGUUACAUCUGCUUGUACCCCCCGAACGGGCCACGUGGUAGAUGCGGUGAACCAACAAGGGGGCCAUAUCGAAUGCUGGCAGGCGUUAUCCGAAUGCGCACCAUAGCCAAUCCCAACAUCUCGGGGUGCGGUUGCAGACCCGAUUGUCGGCGGAAGUCGUGCACAUUGAGACCCCUACGGUCCUCCCCACUUUUAUUGUUAGUUAAAAUCCCGGCCAUUUUCUGUGUGGAUCAGGGGGCGCAAAGUGGAGCGAUAAGGUGCGGACUCGACCACCGUCCCUUCUUCAACUUGUUGUGGAGCACACGGUGGACUCCAUCGGCAACAGCGAUAAAGUGCUUACCAGUAGUUGUCUCCAAUUAGAGGAAGUUUGGCCAGUCACUUCCUAUCAUAUUAAUGUAAGGUAAACAGUUGCCAAGGUCUUUAAGUCACUACCACUCGCCGUCCUAUUACAUUUUGUUUGAGAGAGGGCACCAAGGCACAACGGGACGAGUGACUUCACCAACGCGAUCGGUGAGCGCUCAGCGCGUCAACUGCAUCUUAUAAAUGCCAGACGCGCGAUGCCCUUUUUAAAACGUGGUGUUGGCUCAUAAGUGGAACGUAAAUCAGACAACCGAAGUGAAGAAUUUAUCACUUUUAACCACUCAAUUGGGUAACAAUUGACAUGUAAUAGUAUUUUGCGGGAUUUGGGCAAAUUUUGUGGUAAUUUUUUCACCGAGUUGUGCACUGUGGUCUGUCGUGACGGCUUAUUAUGCACCGAAGAUGCAACUCAGCGACCGAGAUACGCCAGGAUAAAUUUUCCGAAGCCACAAGCCUUCCUGCUCUUCCGAAAUGGGGGCGGUUGUUUACAUUUGUCCAGUGUUAUUGGAAUCGUUUUUCAAGUACGCGAAGACUACGUCCUUAGUCUUUCCUAGGUUAGUCCAGGCGCCAUCUACCUAGGAAUCCGCAACCAUGAGGUCGUGGUCUGCGAGCACCUGGGUAUAAUUAAAUACCGAUUUUUACUUUUAUUGUUCUACUUUGGUUGGCAGACUAGCCCGGAAACAUAAUUCGCUAGAAAGGUUCUCUUGUGUCUCACGUUAGGCUGGUCAAUUGGGUGCGUAAUGUCUAUUGUGCUUCCAUUUUAUGUUGACCGUCAAGUUUCAUCAGCAGUGCAGGCACUGAAUCCUCGGGGCACUGCAAUAGAAAAAAACAUUUUUUUUCGUUUUUGUUCCUAUAACAGUCAUCUACGAUUGCGUCCAACAAAGUGAAUUUGCACGUUUUGCAGAGCCGCCUUAUGCCCUCCUUACCCUUGCUUUGUUACGCUUUCACUUUUUUCGCGCGCAACAAUUUGCGGGAUUCUGUUGGAGAGUUAGGGAAGCUCACACCCGUCCAUUCUGUAGUGACGCUUUGUGGUUUGACGUAAUCUUCCAGGUUAUGCUUCGCCGUAUUGCGUGCUUCUUUUGCUGUCUGCUUAAGUGAAAGCCUUUUCCCUCUACGAGUGGUUUUGGGAAGUGCGUGACUUAUCAGCCGUUGCUAGUCGAUCUCCUUAAAAUACUAAUCAUCCAGUUGCCUUCAAUUUUUUCUGUAAAACCCAUGUGGUCUAGGUCUUAACAUUUUCGCAGUUGAAUUUUUACGCCACUUAGAUUCGCCUAUUGCCGUUUGUAAGAGCGGUGCUUUGUGUUAAACUGUCAGUCUGAGGCAGCGUGCCAAAAGGGGAUCUGGAAUGCUUAUCUCGCUUUUGUUUGCCGCCGUUUUUUACCUAAUCCUCGCGAAGGCCGAAAACAUUUUAUAUCUAGGCUAUAAUCAACGGUCGACGCUAGUUUAGGUCUAGAACUCUGAGCAUUCACUUUUUCAGCUGAGUUUAAUAAUAUAUAAAUCGCCGUUGUAAUCCGCUGAUCUGACCAGCCGAAUUGAACGGGCUUAUGCUGAUGCGACAAUACUCCCUUACCCGCUUUCGCUCUGUUGAUGGAGGUCCCCUAAGUCCAUUAGUAAGUACUACAUCUAUUUCCCAUAUUCGGCAUAAUUUUCCCUCUCACUGUUAUAAAACCUGUCCUACGUCGGUCAUAUGAGAAUUCUUUCUCUCAACACUCCUGCGCAUAUUCCCUUCCAACAAUUUCCUUCAUAUUGAAAUUCGAGUCCGCGAGAUAGAUCCCACCCUAGUCUCUCCUUCCUCCGACUGUCAUUCGACAUAACAGCCUGAAAAAGAGUGCUUCUUCUGCUCUUACUUCAAUAAGGCAAGGCAGACGGGUGCCAACUUUUGGCCUAUUGACAGUCUUCAGUCAGCCAUGCGCAAUGCCAGGUUUGUAUGGCCUGGGGUUCGCGCCCGACUCUUUUAGUAUUGAGCGUCAGUCCUCUACCACUGAAGUUCGGGCCCGGCAAUCCACUCUGAGCAAUUCUUGCCCUGUCUCAUCUCGGCAGAUUUUUUACUUGAUUAACUUGCUGAAAGGCUAAAAUUUUCACCAGCUUUCUUAUCGUUCCAUUUCAGAAGAUGAGCGAAGAUGUGGUCGAUAAACUGAAAACCACUGUUGUAAAACCGAUCGUCUAUGGCAACAUUUCUCGGUAUCUAGGGAAGAAACGCGAAGAGGAUGGGCGCACGCACAUGUGGACCGCCUUCCUCCGUCCAUACAACACAAACGAGGAUAUGUCAACGUACAUCAGACGAGUCCAGUUUAAGUUGCAUGACAGUUACUCCAACCCCAUCCGCAUUUUCAAUAAGCCGCCCUACGAACUGACCGAGACGGGUUGGGGAGAAUUCGACAUUGUGAUAAAAGUGACUUUUACCGAUCCGAAUGAGAAACCGUUGGUUAUUACACAUUUGCUGAAGCUGUUCCAUUGUGAUCAUGAAAUUAUGAUGGGUCAAAAAAGCCUUGUUCGCGAGAUCUAUGACGAAAUGGUGUUUGUUGACCCCUCGCCCUCAUUCUAUCGGGCUCUGGUUAGCUCCAGUGCGGGCACCAAAGCACUUCCUCCAAUAUAUCAUGAGACUGACUUUAGUGAAACCAAACGUGACACCUUAAUAAAGGUUGAGGACCUCAAUUCUAAAGUAUUGGAUGCAAUAAUUGCCUACAGGGAACAACUUCGACUCAAAAAGGACAUCGUUGAAGAAGCUCGAACUUUAGCUGAUGAGUUAGAGUCUUCGUGUGUGGGCUCUUUCAGUUAA